ACCUUGGCAUAUUGGGACAAUGCUAACCAACUGAGCUCCUCAGCCAGGGCUGCCCUGUAUUCUUUAUCUCUUUAUCUGACAUCCAUUCCCCAGAGAGAUACUGUGUCUCUGAACAGACUGUGAGUUUCUGGAAGGCAGAGUCUGUAUCUUUGUUACUUGAAUCUCCCUUCAUUAUCUGGGACUAAAGUUAUGAUUUAUAUGCUUAGGGAUACAAGGGGCCAAACAUGAUUUUUACCCUGUAGUUCUCAAGACUCUUCGAGUGGUUCUUUUCUUUCUCCAGAGUGAGUUAUCUAAUAACCAGAGAGGACUCUGACCUUUGCCCUGUUCCUAAUGUUCUACUCUCAUUGGAGGGAGGCGAGGUGUGUGUGUGAGGGUGCCUGUGCUGUGAAAGCCCCAUUUAGCUUCUUCCCCAUGCUUUCUUCUAAUGCAGACUGGAGCAAAUAAUAUAAGUGUAGAGAGUGUGGGUCAGGGGAGCUCAGAGGGGCCCCGCACAGAAGCCAGAAAUAAAGUCAGGUGAGUCAGCUGGUAAAUGGUUAUAAAAGAGGCACCCUGCUGAGGAUGCAGAUCAAAGGCUGUGCCUCUUCAGUGGACCUAGAGCAUCAAAAAUGAAGCACUUCCCUCCAGCCUUUAGGAACCUCCUAAAUGUCACUUAGUGAUGUCCCAUUAGCCCACUGAAAGGCCUUGCAUCCUGCUAGGUGGUUGGUUUGUUCUUAGCAUCCUGAGCUCUGUGUGGGUGAGCCAGAGAAUGAGGAGAAUGGGCCAUAAUGCCAGGGCCCAGGCAGAGGCAGAGAGACCAGAACAGAUGAUAGGCUUGGGGUAGGGAGCUGAGGUGGGACUGAAGCCAGGGCAGGUCACUGAAGUAAGGAAUGGUUUCUGGAAUUGGGAAGGACUGAUAAAGGAGAGAGAAGGGGAAGUCUCCUAAUCUGUGAAGGAAUGCCCAGAGCCAGACUGCGUGAAGUACCUGGGAGAUAGAGCCUGAGGGGGAUUUCAGAGCCUAGCCAGGAGGGGAAAGUGCAAAGUUCUGAGCUCCUUCCUUACAUCGCUCCACCCUGCUCAAAUCCCCAGGACUUUGGGCACAAUGGAAGACAAACGCAACAUCCAGAUCAUCGAGUGGGAACACCUGGACAAGAAGAAGUUCUAUGUGCUUGGUGUGGCAAUGACAAUGAUGAUCCGUGUCAGCGUCUACCCAUUCACCCUCAUCCGCACUCGGCUGCAGGUUCAGAAGGGCAAGAGCCUCUACCAUGGGACCUUUGAUGCCUUCAUCAAGAUCCUGCGAGCAGAUGGUGUGACUGGCCUAUACCGGGGGUUCCUGGUCAACACCUUCACCCUCAUCUCAGGCCAGUGCUAUGUCACCACGUACGAGCUCACCCGGAAGUUCGUAUCUGACUACAGCCAGAGCAACACAGUCAAAUCGCUGGUGGCUGGUGGCUCGGCCUCUCUCGUGGCCCAGAGCAUCACAGUGCCCAUUGAUGUGGUCUCCCAGCACCUGAUGAUGCAGCGUAAGGGUGAGAAAACGGGCCGCUUCCAAGUGCGAGGGAACCCAGAGGGACAAGGGGUAAUUGCCUUUGGCCAAACCAAGGACAUCAUCAGGCAGAUCCUGCAGGUUGAUGGGGUUCGAGGCUUCUACCGAGGCUAUGUGGCUUCACUGCUUACCUACAUCCCAAACAGUGCUGUCUGGUGGCCCUUCUAUCACUUCUAUGCAGAGCAGCUCUCACACCUCUGUCCUAAGGAGUGCCCUCACAUUGUCUUUCAAGCCAUCUCAGGGCCCCUGGCUGCUGCUACUGCUUCCAUCCUCACCAAUCCCAUGGAUGUCAUCCGAACCCGAGUGCAGGUUGAGGGCAAGAACUCCAUUAUCCUGACCUUCAGACAGCUGAUGGCAGAGGAGGGGCCUUGGGGCCUCAUGAAGGGCCUCUCAGCCAGAAUCAUCUCAGCCACGCCCUCUACCAUUGUCAUUGUGGUGGGCUAUGAGAGCCUCAAGAAACUCAGCCUCCGACCUGAGCUGGUGGACUCGAGACACUGGUAACCAGUGGUGGAAGAGAAGACUGCUGUUUCCCACACUACUCUGGGUUAGGGGCAGAGUAGGGAGGAUAGCACCCUCUCCAAGUGCCCCUACCACAUACCUAGCCCUGCCCUGGGCCAGGUGCCCGGUCUGGGACAGGAACAGAGACUUUGAACUGCUCUUGCUGAAGAGGCUCCACACCUGCAUCCCCUGCCCCCAUUAUUUUUUAGUUUUCUUGCCAAACUGGGCUUCCUCACUCAGUUCCUGUACUCAGUCCUGCCCUAAAGAAACCCAUCCUCCCCACUAAUCCCACUCUACCCCUCCCCUGCUAACCCUUCUUCUGGUUUCCUUUUUCAUCUGCGUCUCUUAACAUCCUGAUAAGAGCUGUACAAAGAGCUUGCUUACUACCACUGGUUCUUCCACUUGGGCCUUCAGCCCAGAUUCCAAGCAGCUGCCAUCAGUCCUUUCCUGCUUCAGCUCUUAGGUUUAUUUUUAUUCUGGGACUAAUUUGCCCACUAGACUACUAUGCUUUUUUCUGCCUCUAGGGGCAAGGUGCCAGGCACUUUUGCACAGGGAGUAGGUACAGCAGAAACUUCAGAGCACUCAUCCUCUCUUUGGAGUUAUUAGGUUGGGGAGAAAUGUUAAUACUUUAUUUUGUGUGUUUAUAUUUUUUUAACGUCUGUGAACCAGGUUACUGUCUUUGUCCUGCUAAAGCACCAAUCCAGUCCUGCAGUCAGAGCCCACCCCUUCCUCAGAAAAAUGUAAUGUAGCUUUUCCCUCAAUCUCAGUUCCCUAUCCCUUCCAUGUCCCUUCAGUCCCUGCCGCCUCAGGAUAUAUAAGCUGUUGGCUUCCCCUGGCCCAGAUGACUACAGUGGUAGGCACAGUUUUAAGUAGAUCAGGCUGUCUGAGGCACAUAGGACUUGGAGCACUACCCUGAAAAGUCAGAUUUAGAGAGUAGUGGGUUUGGAAAGUAACAAGAGGAUAUGUGUGCCCUAGCCCAUCUCCCCAGUCCAGCUGAGCCAAGCCUAGGAGAGGGCAAUGUAGGUUCUCAGCCCCAGGCAGUUAUAACACAUACACAUCCCAGUCACUUAUACUCAUGGAAACGGAUGUUGUCUCACAAUGGAAAUCUCUGAUUAUGUGGAACUGUUUGUUGUUUUCUUCUCCCCAAUGUGAAGUCAUACCAGUCACAGUACCCUCUCUAGAGGGAUGUCUGGAAGAGAGUAAAGAGUGGGUCAGGAAGUCACCCAAUACCAGGACCACUGCAUACCAGCCUGAUACUGCCGAGAUUAUCUGUCGAUGCUCUCAGUAGCUAGAUGAUGAGUGUUCCUUCCCUGCUUCAUCCUCCCUACUUUGUCUACCAAGCCUGUGUUGCAGGUGAAGAGAGGUGCAGCGAACAGGAUGAAAAGAAGGCAUAUCAAACCCCACACUUCAACUUGAGACACAGCCAGGAUGAUCCUUCAGACCUUCUUAUUGGUCCCACCCCCUGGGAAGGGCCAUGGUGCCAGUUUGAAAGGUGCUAGCUACCUUCUGAAGCCUUGCUGUUUCUUAUGGCUGCCCCACAUUCUAUCACCGAGGCCAAAUCAGAAUCUGAAAACAUUUUUCUACCUUCACCACUGCCACUGCCCAUCUUGGUUUUUUAUCUUUGAGAGUUGUUUUCCCUUUAACUUUUAAUCUUUAUUUUGGUUUGCCUUUUCUUGCACUUUGUCUAGAGUCCUUCAAUUUCUACCCACAAAUGGUCAUCCAAAGGGUUGGGCCCACAGAUCAUUCUGAGUCUUCCUGCCCCUCAGUUACCCCUUUACCCUAAGAACCACCAACAUAAUAUGGCCUAGCCAGUUUUCUCAGUGGUUAGAGCAUCAGCCUAAGGACCGAAGAGUCCCCGGCUCAAUUUCAGCCAAGGACAGGUACCUACGUCGCAGGCUCUAUUCCCGGCACCAGUUAGGGUGCAUGUGGGAGGCAACCAAUCAAGGUGUCUCUCUCACAUCCAUGUUUCUCUCCCACUCUGAAAAGCAAUGGAAAAAAUACACAUCAUCUGGUGAGGAUUAAAAAAACAAAGAACUACCAACAUAAUGGAAGCCAGCCUUCUCUCUUUAAACUCAUUCUAGUGACACCUUUGGAGAUUGUUUUCCAGCCCCACACCUUCCCCUCCCUCGAAACUUGUCGCCACAAUGGCAAAGUGGGUUAAGUGUCAUAGACAGGAGGUAUAGUCUCCUGCCUCUCAUGCCUUAGGAUGUUUCUCCUUCCCAGACUCCUUUCCCUCUUAUUUUCUUGUACAGUAUUUCAUAGCCAUUCACCCAUUUUGUGUGCUGCCCCCUGCAUACACGAGUUUCAAAGGAUGAUGAGCUUUUUUUUUUUAAUAAUGAAAACCCCCAGCCCCUACUUUCCCAUCUAAUUGGGUUCGAUUAAAAUAUGUCUUGGUGGGAAUGGGACAGUGGGCUUCCGUUUUCCCAGGACCAUAGACUGGACCAGCUGAAGUCUGAUGUACUGGCCCAUAGCCAAAACUGGAAGAAACUUGGGAGACCGGGCAAGACGGGAAACCUGAUGGGCGGGGAUUAUUGAGGGAUGGGAUGAAAAUGAUGCGGUUAACAUUUGGUUAAGCGGACUCUUGUGAAUACUAACUGCGAACAUUCAUUCACUGUUGAACUAUACAAAGUCUCUGAACUGUAAUUAAAAGUUUGUAUUGAGCCCCUGA